AUGAAAUGGUCAUUAAUUUGCAGUAAAUUGGCAAAUAGUUAUUUUCACCGAUUAUUAUGGGUAACACUAUUUUCUAUAUUGGUAACCGCCGAAACUUCAAAUAUUCCAACAUCCAAUCAAAUAUUAUUAAAAGAAGACAUAUCCUUUCCAAAUAGUUCAACCAGCGAUAUAGAACGAUUGAAGGAUCAUUUAAACAUUUUGAAAUUCGUUUUACCUUUAGGUGGAGAUCAUGAUAAAAUUGAAAACCUUAAAGAGGAAGUAGGGUCGGAAACUGAUUUUAACGAAUAUGUGAAUCGUGCAAAUAUAGAAGUGCAUUAUCAAAACAUCAGCAAAAGCAAUGAAGUUAGAAAUUCAUCACAAUUGAUACCUAGUAGAUCAUUGGUACAAAUUAAUUCACAUUUGCCAUAUAUGCCCAAAUCAUCAAUAAUAGCUUCUGAUCAAUCUGUCAAUAUUCCGGAAGAGUCAACAGGAGUCGAAGUAACAUCCACUUUAGCAGAUUUAACCACUUUAUCGAGUAUCAUCACAUCGAGAGAAGAAUCAAUAACAACUACAACCACAAGCUCUAUAGUAAAAGUUACAGAAACUGUAACCCAUUUUGUAACUUUAACUACUAAGGAGAUAUUUUCAUUGCCCGUUAUAGAGACCACCAGCUUAAUUUCAGAUUCAUAUUCAGUUUCAGAUUCGGUUUUGGAUACUGAACUGAUAAUCUACAGUUCUACUGACAUAAUCACUAGCUCUAGUAGUGAAAUAGCAACAUCGACUGUAGCUCACACGGCUCCUCAUGAAACCAAUGUGAGCCAACAUGAUUUUGAAAAACUUGCAAGUCUAAUUCAUGAUUUGAGGAAUGAGGUUAUUGAACAAAAGAUCAUCAACCAGGUUCAAUCUUUACUAAUUUCUUCAGCAAAUAAUAGUCCAAAGACCUCAUAUAUUACCAUGGAUUCUCCAACCUCUUCAUUGGAGAUAAAAGAUGUUAGUUCUGCAACAGAAAGCCAAGAAGUAGUUUUCACUGAGACUUGGUCGAAUCCAAAUAUUUUGGCUAUUUCUACAAGUUUAUCACAAAUAAGCUCCACACCUUCUCACGUUGAACCAGUAGGUAGUCAAGUAAACAUAAAUCAUGAAGGAAAAUCAGGAAAGGAUUUAUUAAACCUGAAGUUACCAUCAUAUAAAGUAGAUAUCACUCCUCAGUUUCAAUUUCACGAAAAAAAGUUAGAUAAGUUACCACCAACUGUUCCAUAUUCCAAGCCUAAGAAUUAUUUUGCUAUUCUACCAGUUUCAUCUGGAGGGGAAGAAAGUGUGCUUUCAUAUAUUACUUCUGAGACCAAUACAUUGUCCAAUAUAGCUUUACAGACUACAUCUUUAGAAGAAUCUAAGAGUACAUCAGUACUUGAUAUUUUGAAUAUUCCUCAACUAGACGAUGAAGAGAUGAAUGAUUAUGUAAAACGGAUAUAUUCAGCAUUAAAAAAAGUUGUAGAACCGGAAUAUGAAUUUAAAACUGAAUUUAAUGAUACAUCAACUCCGAUAAAUUUAAAAUUUGAUAGAUCCACAAUAAAAAAGGAAACAGAAAACAAUAGUGAAGAGUCAGAUCCUAACGUAUCACAUAAUUCAACUGGUACAGUAUUGCCUCACAAUGAACCAUAUAAAAUAUUCCAUGUACCUAAAGAGAUGCAGCAUGAAGUCAUCAGUAGUGCAUUCAAAACAUUUGCAACUCCGGAGGAAAUCACGGCUUCAUAUUCAAGACUUAGAAAAACCUCUAUAGAAUCAUCAUCUCCAGGUUCUUCUCAAAGUCAUCAGAGAACUAGAAGUAAGUCUUCCAUUGAUUUUAAUGUAUUUGAAGCAACUACAAAAGAAAGUGUGGGAUCUAAUUUCAUAUUUUCCGCCCCAUCUUACACUGCUAUAGUAAUUCUCAUAGCACUUAGUAUAACAUGGAUAUAA